UUAUCAUAAUAUAAACUAACAAGCGAUAUUACAGUUGAAAAUAACUACAGUGUAAAAUUGAUAUAAAAAAAUGGAAAAUCGAAUAAUUAACACUGAAAAAACAUUGUUCGGAUUUGCACUAGCUUCUCGGCAAUAUGCCAUCCUGAACCAUUUAGUACCAUCGAUUCUUGCUUGUAUUUUGUUUAUAUUUAUCAUAGCAAUAGACAUUGGAGUCGUUUUUCGUCAUUACAAAGACAACGACCCAAUAUGGGCUUCUUUAACUAUUUUUUUCAUGUAUUUGCCUGCUAUCGGAAGCUUUAUUAUCAUAACUACUGACGGUGAUUAUUGGCCUGAGCCUGAAAAUGGUAUGACUAGUGAUAAUUUGUUAUGGUUGUACCAUAAAGUUUUUGGAUUUUUGUUUUUUCCUGUGUAUAAUAUUUGGAGAUUUGCCGAAAGGAUUUUUUGGUCCAUUGAAGCAAUUCGGAGUAACGUUGAUGAAACUGUUUAUGAAGCCUUAACAAAAGCUAUAGAAUAUCGAGUAAUUGAAUUAUAUGUGUUUCUUCAAGCUUAUUUGCAUUGUUUGCCUCAAGUUUUACUGCAAUUGCAUAUUUUAAUGAGGCAUAAUAGCGAUAUUGCCAAGGAAUCAAAAAUAACUCAAGCUCUAUGUAUAAUAUUAAAUCUAUCCAAAGUAGCAGUUACAACUACUUACUAUCAGAGAUUUAGGGCGCAAAAACUCACUGGUACCCAGUAUCCUUGGUUGAAAAAGAAAAAACUUAUACGUACAAGGGCAGUAUCAGAUUUCAGUCACGAAGAUCAAGUCAUGCUAAGAAAAUCAAAUUUGAGUCAAAAAAGAGUAAUUGAAAAACAACAAAAUACUCUAGAUGAUAUUUCACGUCUAUAUGACAUUCAACCAGAAGUUGUGAAAGAGCGCAGAAGGAGCAGUGAUAUUUAUUUAGAACCAGAACCAGCAUCUAAUGAAAUCAAUGGUUCCACUGUUAUUACUGAUAAUACUUAUGAUGAGGUUGAAUUUCGUCAUAAUAAUCCACCUACCUUAAAUGAUGAAACAAAAAACCCUCACACCUCCAGUUAUAGUGCCUACAAGGCGCGUUUUUCUUCAAUGCUCGGUUUCAAUCCGUCUACGAUUCCAAACAGCUCUAUUUCUAAUUUCAACAUAAAACGAGUAACAUACAUAAAAGGUUUACAAGAAGACGAUAUGGCGGGGAGAACUAUUUCGUUUUUAUGGUGGUUUACGUUUUUAUUGGGUAGAGUUUUAGCUAUAUCGGCUUUUGGUUAUUUCUUCAUGAAAGCUUGCAUAUGGUUGCUGAUAAGUCAUGUUAUCAUAGUCAUAGCAGUGCUUUUUUAUGAUGUUAAAACUGACAACAUUAAAAGAGAUAAAUCGGUAUUUUUUUUGUUUAUCGGUGUUAUUUAUAUUUUUUGUAUUAUAGAGUUUAAGAUACGUUUUAAAAAGACAAAUUUGAUCUACAUGCUGUAUUUCGGUUUGACUUAUUUGGAGAAUAUUAUUAUGUGUUUAAUAUGGUAUUGCUUUGAAAUCGAAUCUUUGGAAACUGAUUAUUGGUACAGGUAUAUAUUUUAUGCAAUUGUUGCUUCAACUAUUUUUAGUAUUUCUUCUAUGACGUUUUAUCAUAUUUUAAAUAAACCUAAGUCAGUACAAAUUAGAGUAGAAACCUAGAGGAUCUAUAAGUAUAAUAUAUUUUUUCAGCAACUUGGGUACUUCGUUUUUCUUUACUAGCCUCUUACACUUGCUGAGAGAACCUACCUCCUCAAAAAGUAGAAUUCCAUUGGACUGGUACUAUAGUUCUAUGAGUACUACAGUGACUUGAUAGAAAACACUGAAAACACUUGCGACAGCAGUGGAACGACUUAAUUCUUGAUUUUUAGACUGAACAGGGCUACUGUCAAUUUGUUUUGUAGCUAAUUAAUAGAUGGCGCCAAAAUAACUAGUGUAGGCAAUUUUUCGCGAGCAUAAUCAAGCAUAAAGGGAGGAUUUUCAUGCAUCCGUUUUUCC